AUGGCCUUGGAGUCGGAGGAGCGGCCCUCCGACGUUUCGGCGAUCCUCCGGAGCGCCGUCCUGGAGGCACAGGAAGCUGUGGCUGAGGAGGUGCGCAAACUCUUUCUGGCCCUGCGGGAGGAGCUUCCGGCAAAUUUCGACAAGGCUUUGAUCCCUGUGUUGGAGCUCCUGCAGGAGAUCCGUCGUGACAGCAGGAUGGGCGCCCAGCGGUCGUCAGCCUCGCUAGGAGGGAGAGAUAACAGAAGUCCGCAGGAGAUGAAGGAGCACAGGAGCUUAGAGGUCUCGGACGUGCCGCGGAUGCUUCGCAGAGUCAGUGCGCCUCUCAAUGCCGCCCGCGCAGCGGUCAGUGCCAACCGAGCUGCGAUGCAUUUGAAGCGCAGCUUCAUCAGCCCGGAGACCAGCGAGGAGAUGGACGAGACGCCGCAGGGCCCAGCUCCCGCACGGCGAGUCAGACCCGCGCUUUCCAGGGAGGGCAUAAGGCCUCUGCAAACACAGCUCCAGGAGGCGACAACCACCAGAAUCCCGACCUUUCUCAGGGUCGAUGACGCGGAUGGAGAGGCAGCGCCGGCCGCAUCAGUGAGAGAAGACCCGGCCGACUUGGCCGCGGCGCUUUUUUCCGACCAGAGGCGGCUCUCUGAGCCUCCCGGUCUGCUGGAGGAGGUGACGAGCCCGGCCUUGCCCAGCCCGGCAUUGCCACAAGGCCUUCCCUCACCACAGGCCGAUUUUCGGGGUGCGACGUCGUCGCAGACAUCGUCGAUGAACGACUCAGAGGACGCUCCAUCUGAGAAGAGCGUGCGCUCCACCGUGCGCACGGAUCGCAGGAUGAGUGCCGUGCGACUCAUGAACAGUUUGGAGAUCCUGCCGAAUUACCUGAACGAGCAAGGCGACAGAGAGCCUCUGCCGCUCUACCGGCGAGUUGCCGAUGCUAUGGCGAAGCCCUUUCGCUGCUGGCGCGCUCCUGCCAGGAGUCCUCCGACUCGGAAGGCGGUGGCCAAGGUCAGGCCGAGCCUCAGGACCGGAGGCAGCACGAACCUCGAGGCCAUGGAGGCCAAGAUGGCCAUGAAGGCUCAGGGGCGACUGGCGCGCAGGACCGCCGUCGUCUUGCAGGCCUCCGAGAUGGAGAAGUUGAACAGCAAGGCUUGGUGGCGGCUCCGGAAGGCGGAUUGGCCUUUCGCGGACCCGAGCGGGCGGCCGCGGCAGUGCUGGGACAUGGUCGCCUCUGCGCUGCUGUGCCUGCAGCUCCUCUACUUGCCCUUCCAAGCAGCUUUUGUGAGCAACGCAGACUUCCAGGAUGCCGCCUUCUUCACCAUAAAUGGUAGUCUGCUGGCGAUGGACAUCUUUUGGACUGCUGACUUGUUGCUCAACUUCACCACGGGUUAUCGAGAUGCAGUACAGGUGCUUCACUGCGACUUCCGGUCGACCGCGGCUCAUUAUUUGAGGAGUUGGUUUCCCAUAGACCUCUUGGCCACCGUGCCGGCACUCUUGUUGCAUUUGCUCGUGCUGGAUCUGAUCAGGAGGGACGAGAGCCACUUGUGGCCACUGCGAUGGCUCGGCUUCUCUCCGUUCUUGCGCACUCCAAGGCUAUGGCGAGCCUUCCACAUGCUGCGCCGACUGGAAGCCAACUUGAAGUCUUCACUGGUCUCAUCCGUGGUGGCCCUCGUGCAGCUCUUCAUGCUGCCCAUCAUUUUCUCGCACAUCUCAGCCUGUGCCCUCUGGUACCUGGGUCGAAGCAACCUGGAGUCAGAUGCCACAACUCCGAGUUGGAUCAAGUUGGGCUUGGACAUCUCCGAUGCCCCAGGAGCUUUGCAGGCGGUGCCUAUGGGAGAGCGCUACAUGACGGCCAUGUAUUUCGCCAUCACGGUAAUGUCCACCGUGGGCUUGGGCGACAUCAACAUGAAUCUGUCCAACGAGAGGGCACUGCUGUGUGUCAUCAUGGCAACCACGAGCCUCGUAGUCGGAGUGGCGGUGAAUGGCGUGGCCACGAUUGUGUCAAAGCUCAGCGAAAGGACCGCGGUGACAAACGAACAGUUGGCGAAGGUUUCGCGCUUCUUGAGGGUGUAUUCUGUGCCUGGUGACUUGCAGUCACGUGUCCACAACUACCUCCUGCAGUUCUUCGAGAAUCAGGAGAGAGAGGAGACCAAGUCUAUGCUCAUGAAGUGGCUGAAAAAGUCGGAGGUCCUGCGUGUCAACGUCAAUAUGGCCUUGACUGGAACUUGUUUAGCCACGCACCACUUACUUCAGCUCGUUCCAGCAGACAUCCUGGUGGAUAUCUGCGACAUCUGUGACAUGGAGUUCCAUCCUCCCGGACAGGAACUCAUCCUGGAGGGCGCCGAGGUCAAAAGCUGCUUUUACAUCCGGCGUGGGUUAGUGCAGACGCGCAGGAACACAGGCAAGAACACAGGCAAGGUGGAUUCAUCGAAGCUCUCAAGGACGAUGACGACGAAGUCAUUGGCAUUCGCAGGCCCCGGAGAAGAGAUGGAGGACAUCGAUGAGAUCCAGAAGGAGGUCGAGGCCGUCGAAGCUGCGAGGCCUGAUGCGCAGCUCCACGGUGGCUCCUUCCUCGGCGAUGUGCGGCUUUUCUUGGGAGCCAGCCGGAGCUGGAAGACCGUCACCUGCUCGUCGUUUUGUGAGCUCAUCUCCAUCGACGUGGAGAAGUUCCGAAGCUUGAUGGUCUCGCACUUGCCAGAGCUCUUCGACGUGCUGGUGAUUUAUUCGGCGAUCGACAACCACUGUCCGAAAGCUUUGCAGCGUUGCCUGGAGGAGCAGCGCCUCUCACCGGAGGUUCCCCUCCUCUUUGGAGAGGGCUUGCUCCACCACUGCGCCAAGAAGAAUGCCGAAUCCUGCGCGGACUUUCUGAUCGAGCAAUUGGGCGCGGACGUCUCCGUGCUGGAUCAGGAGGAGAAGACACCUGCACAGGUGGCUGCGAAGCUGAAACACAAGGAGGUGUUCUGGGCGGUCAUCAAACAUGGAAGCAUCGUCACCGACCAAGACGUCCUGCCCAAAGAGGCGCAGUCCAUCCGAAACAAGACCAAGCGAGGGGUUCAGGUUCUAAGCUCGGCCUCCUUGGAGGCGGACUGCGAUGAGAAGAACUGGGCACCCUCGGAGCUGCGGGAGCGCUUGCAACAAAGCGGCCUGAAUCUGGGCCUCUACGCUCAUGAAGGCCACAAGAGCCUCGAGGACCUCGGCGAGGAGCUCCAGACUUGCCAGAGCGAGCUCGUCACGGGCCCCGGCAAACGCAUCCAUCGUCGUGUGAAGUUGGUGAGGUUGCAGCUGCUGGCCAUCAUCGACAACAGCGUGCGGGCGCUGGUCGAGGUCCAGUCCGAUGCGUGGCUGAGGGCGGCCGACCAAAAGCUCGGCAAACUGCCAUGCCGUCGAAUCCGCAAAGAUGAGUCCGUGGAGGAGGCCAUGAAGGCACUGAUGCUGGACUUAGGCAUGCCGGAGCAUCUGCUGGAGGAGAAGCUCGUCGUCCCCGUGGCAAAUUGCAUCAGGGUCGAGAGCAAGGUCUCGAUGGGCUUCCCAGGAUUGGAGUCGGAGUACAUCGUUCACGAGUCCUCAUGGAAGAUCCGUGCAGCGGCACUGGCCAAAGCCGCACAGAUCGGGCUGCCACAAGGCACUGCCUUCUCUGUGGAGUCUCCGGGAGCUGGCUGCUGGCCUCAGGCCCCGGGGAGAAGGCUUUUCUGGCCGGUCCUUCUGAAUAUCCACUUGGAUGCAAAGCAGGAAAUGGCGCGCACCGAGGACUUGCGGGUGCGCUUCGAGAACUCCCACAGGCGCACCGACAGCAGCACGGCCCUGGCAAGGCUCAACCCCUUGCGGGCUUUUGGGGCUGGCCGGGUCGUCGAAGUCGGCGUGCGCCAGACGUAA